AUGGUCUGGUUCGGAUUCAUUAUCCUCCUCAUUGCCAUCAAGGCCAUUCAUUCUGCAUCCCUCACAGCACUUAAAUGCUCGACCCUCCAGAUUCAACCACCCUCUAUCUCCGGCAUCGAGAUUGGAUCGCUCACAGCUUUUCCCGUGUAUGGCUUCGAGAUCGACGGCCUUCAAGUCAACCCGAUCAAGUAUCGCCCAGUCACCGUGAGCGUCUGUAACGUGACCAUUACUUAUAACCACCCCGGCUGGGACGACGUCAUUCACACCCAGGUCUGGCUGCCUCUCUCUGGUUUGAAUGCGCGUCUGCAGGGCAUCGGCGGUUGGGGCUUUGCGGGAACCUGCGGCGACAGCGCGGCAGCUCUGGCGGUUGCAGGGGGCUUUGCGGCCGUUAGCUCCGAUUUAGGCCAUACGACGAACCCUUGGUCGGCACGAGACUGGGCGCUUGACGAAUCUUCAGGCCAUGUGAACUUUGCUCGGCUGCUGGAUUUUUCAGCCGUCGGUCUGUCCGACAUUUCGGGUCUCGGAAGAGACAUCGCUUAUAAAGUCUACCGAUCCCCUCCAAGGUACACCUACUGGAAUGGGUGCUCCACAGGUGGGCGACAAGGCAUGAUGCUGGCACAGCGAUUCCCCGGUGCUUGGAUCCUGGCCGGUUCUCCGGCGCUGAGUUGGGCACACAUGAUACCUGCAGGCUACUGGCCCACCUUUGUGAUGUAUCUGCUAAACUCCUAUCCCUCUCCUUGUGUGAUGAAUGCGAUUGCUGCCAAAGUUGUAGAGGCCUGCGACGAUCGCGAUGGAGUCGUCGAUGGAAUCAUUACCCAGCCGGAGCUUUGUGACUCUAAUCCGCUUUUCCUUGUUACCAAACACGUCGAUUGCGAUGACGGGAUCGACGCUGAAAUCACGCUUGAGGUAGUCACGGUGGCCCAGAGGAUUUGGCAGGGCAUGCGCUCACGGGAUGGUUUUCCGUUGUGGUAUGGCUUCUCGCGUGGCUCGCUAUGGCACGGUACCAACUGCUCCUCGGCCGACGAGAUUGAGCAUCACAGAUGUACUCCUACACCAAGUCCAAUUGUUGUUGACUGGCUAUCGCUAUUUGUCGCGCAGGAUCUGAAGUUAGACCUGUCAAACUUGACAUAUUCUGAGUUUGAAGCCCUAUUUCGCCUUUCGGUAGCCGGCUACCAGUCCAUAAUCAGCGCUGACGCCCCCGACCUGCGAGAGUUCAGGCGGCGUGGAGCCCCCGGAGUAGGCCACUGUGGCUCAGGUCCAGGUGCUGAGCCUAUGGGUCUGCUGGGCUCGUUGGCAACAUGGGUGGAAAAAGGAAUCGCUCCGGGUAUUCUCGCUGCCGUGUCAGAAGACGGGAGUCUAUCGAGGAUUCUGUGCCCAUAUCCAACAGUGGUGACUUACUUGGAGGGAGAUCCGGAACAGCCUGAGUCAUUUGGCUGUCAGUGA